CGUCCGUCCUGUCUCCGCCAGGGAAGCUGCGCUACGCCAACAACAGCAACUACAAGAACGACGUCAUGAUCCGAAAGGAGGCCUACGUGCAUAAGAGUGUGAUGGAGGAGCUGAAGAGGAUCAUCGACGACAGCGAAAUCACAAAAGAAGAUGAUGCUUUAUGGCCUCCUCCUGACAGAGUUGGUCGACAGGAGCUUGAAAUAGUAAUCGGUGAUGAGCACAUCUCCUUUACCACGUCAAAAAUCGGUUCACUCAUUGAUGUAAAUCAAUCCAAGGAUCCAGAAGGCUUGAGAGUGUUCUACUACCUGGUUCAGGACCUUAAGUGUCUAGUCUUCAGUCUUAUUGGACUACACUUCAAGAUUAAACCAAUUUAAAUCAAACAAACUGAAAUUUGUAUUGCAGUAUCGGGGGGGGGGCGGAGAGGAAUGUUGUUUCAAUUCCUUGAUAUUUCUGGUCUGAAGCUUUUAUGUAUGUUAGAAUGGGUUUGGUUUUUUUUUUUUUUUACAAACUGUCAGUGACUGUCUUAAUAAAAUGGUGAGAUCUGUA